AUGAAUGAAGCCAUUUGUAAAAAGACUGAAAAACGUUCCAAGAAAAAAUCGCUUUUAGCGCUUUGGUGAAUAAUUGAAGGUGUGUUGGAAAGCACAUUUGCGCUUCAUGAACGCUUCUCGCAUCUUCUAUGAACUCUUAGAACAGGUUCAAAAGCUCUAAUGAUCCCUUAAGGUGUUCGAAUCGGCUUGAGCUUCAGAUUCUUGAUUUCAAAGCUUUGUAGGGUAUUUUGGUAAUUUUUUUUGGGAUGUUCCUCAAAAUGCGCACCCAUACUUUUUGAUGUUCUAAAACUUCGUAUGAGGGAUCGAAAAAUCAGUGACUCCAAUGUGUUCUAAACCCUUCUGAAGAUUUAAGCUCAUCUUAAGUAGUUUCAGACAGAAGCUGAAUGGUUUUCCUCCUUCUGAAGAAAAUUUCGCUACAAGGAUUCUUUUUGGAAAUCGUUUAAAGAAUAGUUUUCGAAAACCCUACUUGCCAGGGAAUGUCGGAUUUUUUUUUCUCUGCCGGGCUACGCUCCUAGCAUCACCUUCUUUUGAGAUUUUCAUUUCUUAUUUUUUUUUUUCAUUCAGAUGGGUGCUUCCCAGUGGCCAACGUGACGGACCCAUGUCUGGCCAGUUCUUGCGGGAUCAACGGCGCCUGCGUCGCCACGAACGCCACUCACUACGAGUGCCGCUGCAAACUCUACUACGACGGCCCUAACUGCGACCAGUGUCAGUGAAAACUUAAGGAAAAUUGUGGCCUGAAAUAAUCAGUAGGAGUUGACAUAACUUUAAAAUUUUGGUCAAAGAUGACUAGUAAAAGUUGACAAAAAUAGCAGGGGUAGUAUUGAAAGUUGAACGGUUUUUUGAAUACUUUAUAACUAUUUUUUUUUGAAGAAUGUUCUCAUCAGUAUAACCUUUUCAAUAGUUUCAACUUUGAUUGAUUUUUAGAUUUUUUUUCCUAGUGUUCCUAUUUGUCUCCUUCCGCCUGAAAACCUGGUCCUUUUUCCACUUCUUUUUCUCUCCCAAUGAAUUAGUUUUUGCCGUGAAAAACCCCAAUUAUUUCUUUUUAUUCUCCUCUGCUUGAUCACUCUCCGAAUAAUUUAUGAGAAUAUUAUUGGCGGUGUUUUUCCGGCAUGUUGAUGAGUUGCUGCUUUUUAUGGCUUCGUCACGUAAUCUCGCCCGCCAAAAAUGUCUUGAGAGACCCAUUUUUGGAAGCCAGGAAUAGGGGCUUCUAUGGAAAAGGAGUUACUUUCACAUGGAAAGCUAGGAAUUUUCUGAGAAAUCGGCUGUAUCAGAUGAAGAUCUUGAACUUCUCAUCUUAUUAUUUCCAGAAAAACAAUCAAAAAAGACGGUUUCAAGGUUUUUGAGCCUUUCCCGAAAAAUAAGAGGUUGAAGGAGCAUACUGAGACUUUUAAAAUAUUAAUCUAGUUUAUUUAAGAGGACCAAUUUUUAUCAGAUUGCCAGGAAGUAUCAUCAAAAAAGUGUUAUGAAAAAAGGAUUUGGAGCCUUUCCCGAAAAAUAGGAGUUUGAGCCGUUUAAGAAUCUCAGGAUUCCGAUCUAGUACUUUGAAGACAAUACUGGUCGCUUUUCAGGACAUUUCCAAUCACAAAUGAAAAAUUUCCAGUCAAACCAAUCGAACAUGCGGCUCGGUUCGAUGGCGACGCCUUCAUCGAGCUCAGCGCCGACGAGUUCCCUCAUUUGACCUCGGAAAAAGACGAAGUCAUCGCCUUCAAGUUCAAAACCAAACAGCCGAAUGGGGUGAGUUGAAAAAAUGCCAGAACACGGAAGCUUUAGAUUCGAAAAAAAUUUAUCUCAAUAUCUCGUUUUAUUUUCACUGGCAUCAUCAGAGUUACUGAUAUUUAUUCAACAUUAGCUAUGAUCUUUAAAACUAACGGGAAAAAUCGAAAAUCCAGUAAUCGAGCAUCUCCUGAUGCGUAUUUCCGACGCGAAAGCUUCUUUUAAAAAGGCAAACAUUAAAGAACAAGUAGAUUGGUUUGAAAAAAAGCCAACAAAAACUAAUCUGAAUCCAAAAAAUAAAAAAUUACAAAUCUUCUAUUUUCGAAACAUUUUUCAAAACAAUCCUGACUUGUCGAUGAGAAUUUUGUGCCAACAAAAGGAAGGUUGACAAAUUUGCAGCUUCUCCUUUGGCAAGGCCAACGGCCAACAGUGGCGCAAAUCGAAGAUUUCAUCUCGGUCGGCAUCGUUAACGGCCAUUUACACUAUUCGUAAGCGAUUUUUUCCCCAUCCUCCUUUCCGGUCGACUAUGUUAUUCACCUCUUUUCAAUGGAGAAUGUUCAAAGAUUGAAAGUUGCGAUGAGGUAGGCAAUAUUCAUAACGACCUCAUCUCGAACUCACUCCACUAUUCCAUUGGCCAAGAUGAUUCUCCGGGGGCCAAGAAACUAACAAGGGAGGUCAUCUUACUUUGCGGUUGGGACUUUCCUGAAAUUUGGUCGAAACGCUUGUUCCAGAAGACGACUCUGAAAGCUUCAACCUGCACAACUUCUUCGUUUUUGAGAAAAAAGGCUUCUAACUCGAAGAAAACCCUAGAAAUCCAUUGGAAUGGGCUGUUUUAGGGCUUUAGGCCUUUAUUCCUCGUAAAGUAGGAAGAUGCGCAGGUUGAUACUUUCAGGAUCUUCAUCUGCUACAACAAGUAUUAUUCUGGCCUGUUUUCAAGGAAUCCCCAACCGCAAAAUGAAAUGGCCUUCUUUUUAGAAAAAGAAAAAUUCUAUGACAAAGAGCCGCGAAAAUGAGGCAGCGAAUAAAUGGCCAGAGAAAAAUGAGCUGCAAAAAUUUGCCAUGCACUUGUAGCGCUACGAGUCUAACGCCCGCCAAAACUUGAAUUUGAAAUUUAGCAUCAUUAAUUCUGUUUUCUCAUUGGGUUUUGGUUCAAGUUCUGCAUUCUGCGUUUAGUAGGUAUUUUUGAAAAAUAUAAUAUAAUUUAAAUUUAAAAAAAGAAAAAGUUUUUCGAUCGGGAUUUUUUUGACAUGUUGCCAAUAUGAAAAGCGAAUGGCGAUUACAAUAUAUGAAACAAUAAUUUUAAAAAAACAGAGUUCUGGCAGCUCGUUUUUUUCUACGCUGGAAUUUUUAUUUUUUUAUCGUUGACCCCUUUUUGCAUGGCACAUGCUCAGAUGAGAAUUUACAGGUAUGAACUUGGCGGCGGUGCGGCUCACCUGGUGUCCGAAGAACGGGUCGACGACGGCAAGGAACACAGGGUCCGCUUUGAAAGGUUACUGAAGUCUUCAGUUUUAUGAAAAAUUGAAGAAACCUAAAUAUCGAAUGAUAAAUUAGACUGACUAACUAGGGGACUUAUAAUGGAAAUUUUCUAAGAGACAGGAUGCUUAUUUUCAAUUUUUCACGUUGUUUCCGAAUCUGUAGACGGAAAAACGCCGAGAGGUCGGUGAGGCAAAUUAUUUCCCCUUAAAGUCGUAAAAUGAGCUCUUUUUGAUGGUGGUUACAUCGUGCUUCUGUGAUCAUGAAAAAUUGGUUUUCAGUUAAUAUGGAGUUUUUUGAGCCAAGUUGUAUGGCAAAACCAACCAAAAAUGGGAAAGUACUUCGGAAAAUAAGUAGAAGCUGUGAAAAUUUAGGAAAAUUCACCAUAAUUCAGACCUAAAAAAGCAGAAAGGAACUCGUAGAAGUUUUAGAGCUUCAAAAAUAAACUCAAAUUAAAGCUGUUAUAAUCUUGAAAUGACCUUGAACCCAUUAAAAAAUGAUAACAGUUUUCGAGAAUUGAAAAAAAAAAGAGUAAGUUUUUCAGACGAGGUCGUCGUGGAUUGAUGCAAAUCGAUAAUUGGCCAGAGUUACGUGGCGUGAGCAGCGGAAUUCUGGCGAUGCUCAACGUCGACGGCAACAUUUUCAUCGGUUUUAGAAGAUUAUUCGAAAAAUUCGGAAUUUUGAACCUUUCCAGGAGGCGUUCCGAACUUGGAGUCGUCGACGGGCGGCCUCUUCAAGCACAACUUUGUCGGGUGCGUCGCCGACGUCGAACUCAACGGCAUUAAGCUGGAUCUGAUGGCGACGGCCAUCGACGGCAAGAACGUGAAGCCGUGCGACGAGUGGAUGCUCAACAAACGCUGGCUCAAGUCCAGAAGGUACUUCGGAAGAAUUGUAGAGAGCCUACAUUGAGAUUUCAAAUUUCUACUUGAAGCGUGAAUUUUUGGAAUGGUUCAAUGCGACGCAGCCGCGUUGCUUUCCCAGCAGACUUGAUAACUUUUAAAAUAAUUUGAAGAGAGAAAAAUGGAAAUUAAUUUUGUAAAAAUCUUUUAAAGAGUCUUAGACCUCGGAAAAGACUCGGGCCUCAGAAAAAAUUUUAGGCACUGGUAUAUUUCAAAUAACCUGAAGAAAGACAUUGAUCAAAUAACCUGAAGAAAGACAUUGAGAGACUUCUAAAAACUCUUCAAGUGACCGCAAAAAAUUUUCUAGAGGAUUUAAAAAAUUUGCUCAAAAGGAAACUUUGAUAAAAAAAUUUAACCUUUUGAACCGGAUUUGCACUAAAAAGCUAUGUGAUACCAAGUUUCAAGUUCUCAAUUUUGAAUGGUUUUAAAUAAAGGAUGCUUUUUCAGAAGAUCUCAACGAGAAAGCGCCUGGCGAAUUGUAUAA